GCCGCCGUUCCCGCGGACAGACGGCGUUGCGCGAGCGGUGGCGGCGAUGGCGGGUGAGAGAGUUGAUUUGAGACUGCCAGAAGUUGUCCCCACAACUCAAUUGCAAAGCAACCAGUGGCAAUUUGAUGGUGUUGUCUUAGUAACAAAUACCAUUGAUAAACUUUGUGGAGAUUUGCUUUGUUUGAAGACUGCACUUAACCAGUAUAAGUCUAUCGAUGCUUCAGUGGAACAAGAAGUGGUGUUGGUCCAUGAUGUCGGUCUUCCGGGGUCUAGAUUGAUCUUUGCACCAACUGGACCACUCAACAGGGAUUAUGAUGAUGUGCGGAGAUUUAGCGAUGCAGCUAACAGUGGCAUCAAGCGUGCUCUGAAGGCCGGCAUGGUAAAGCCCAUUCUGGUGUGUCCCCCAGAAGGAUUGUUCAAAGAUGCUUCCUUGGUCACUGUGCUUGGAGCUCUACAUGCUUUGUAUGUUCCAUUGGAAAUAUAUGAAGCCCAAAAAGAGAAGUCUAAUAAAGUAGAUUAUCUAGGUGUGUGGGCGCCCAGUGAGGAGGAAGCGAAGAAACUUGUGAAACUAGCGUCAGCACUGGAGAUGGGCAGGACUGUGUGCAGAGAUAUUGGUGGUUCUGACCCAGAGCGAAUGGCUGCUCCAAAAGUGGCUAACUACAUUCAGAAUAUUUUUCAUAAUUCUGUUGUCACUGUUUCAGUGACUAGUGAUUUAAGUACUCUGCAGGAGGAAUACCCAUGCUUGGCGGCAGUCAAUCGCUGUGCUAAAGAUGUACAACGUCACCAGGCACGGGUUAUUAUACUGGAAUAUAAUGGAGAAGGUGCCAAAGAAAAAACACUCCUGCUUGUUGGCAAGGGAGUAACCUAUGAUACUGGUGGUGCAGACAUCAAAGCAGGUGGCAUUAUGGCAGGAAUGCACAGAGAUAAAUGUGGAGCUGCUGCUGUUGCUGGGCUAUUCCAGGUACUUUCAAUCCUGAAACCCAGAGGAAUCCGAGUAAUGGGUGCAAUGGCAAUGGUCAGGAACAGUGUUGGAUCAGAUUGCUAUGUGGCUGAUGAGAUUAUCACAUCUCGGGCAAAGAGAAGAAUUCGGGUUGGAAAUACAGAUGCUGAAGGGCGGAUGGCAAUGGUGGAUCUGCUCUGCCACAUGAAGGAAAGGGCUCUUGACAAUUAUGAACCUAACCACUUUGAAUUGUUCACGAUCGCCACGUUGACUGGCCAUGCUAUUCGAGCUGUGGGUUGCAACUAUUCUAUAAUCAUGGAUAAUGGCCCUGCACGUUGGGCCAAAACUGCUCAGGAGAUUCAAGAGGCUGGUGAUGAAGUGGGGGAUCCUUUUGAAAUCUCUACCAUCCGACGUGAUGAUUAUGAGUUCCAUAAAGGAAAGUCAGAAUAUGAAGAUAUUUUGCAGUGUAACAACCUGCCAUCCAGUGCCACAGCCCGUGGACACCAGUCCCCUGCAGCUUUCCUGAUCAUGGGUUCUGGCCUAGAUAAGCAUGGAAUUGAUUCUGAAAAGCCCCUUCGCUACUCCCACAUUGACAUCGCUGGAUCUUCUGGUCCAUUUCCCGGGAUACCAACUGGAUCACCAGUGGUUGCCCUGACAGCAAAGUAUAUUAUACCUCGUAUUUGAGCAAACUGAUUUGAUCCAUUGAAAUGUUCUUCCUAAUCAGCAUUCGGAGAACACCAGGGGAAGUAUAAUCAUAGGAACUCCAGUGAAAUAGUCAACCCACGUUAUUGAUUCUAAAGGAAACUUGAUGUUAAUUACAUUUCUGUGGGUUGGUAGUUAGUUCAACUUUCUAGAAUAGUCUACAGCUGGUUAAUAAGUAAUCCAAACUUUUCUCAGGUCGGGUAAUCAAUGAAUUUACUCUCUAUCUGUAUGUAAUUUUUAAUGAUUUUAUCUUGUACAAUCAACUAUUUCAAUUUUUUGUCGAGGCUAAGCCAUCAGUUGCAGAACUAAUCAGAGUCACAACAGUCAAAGGCAAAUUGUAAGAGGUUUUUGGGUGUUUGGCAGGAACUUUUUUGAAGGCUACUUUCAAUAAAGUAUAAUUUCAAUAACUAUGCACAUUUAACAUCCAAGUUAGACCUUUACACAUUUCCAAUUGUAUUCAUUUGCCUUUGUAACUAUAAUUUUGACAAAUUUUGAGCCAAUGAGAUUACAUUUUUAAAGCUGAUGUUCUGGUAUUAGCUGAGCAUUACUGCACUAUCAUAGGAUUGAAAGGUGAGUUUAGGAUUGUGUAUCGAUAGUCUACCGUUCAUUCAACAUAGAACAGUACAGGCUCAGUGUGCCAACCUUCCAACCUAUCCUCAAUCAAUUUAGCCCUUCCUUCCUUCAUUGUCCACAACCCUUCAUUUUUCUCUUAUCCAUGUGCCUGUCUAAAAUUCUCUUAAAUGUCCCUAACAUAUCAGCCGUAAUCACUAACCCCGGUUGUACGUUCCAGACGCUUAACACUUUUUAAAAAAAAAACUACUACUUGCAUCACCCCUAAACCUUCCUCCAAUCAUACUAAAAGUAUGUCCUCUGUUAUUAGUCAAGAGCAUUGGCUAUCCAGUGUAGCUACACUUCUUAUAAACUAUGCACCUCGAUCAAGUCGCCUCUCAUCCUCCUUUGCACCAAAGAGAAAAGCCCUCGCUUGCUCAACCCUUCCUCGUAAGCCCUGAGGUCUGGUAAUUGUGAAUAGGCUUUUUCACAGUGUCUCCACACUAGAAUAGUACAUCUUUCCAUUAAUACAAUUGCUGUCAGAAUAGUCUGUGCAGCAAUGGCAGAAAAAUACUGUUUGGGAUCUGAAGCUUUAGGUUACGUUACAAAUCUUAACUGUCCAAGGCAGAGGCCCAUUUUAAGUUGAUGGACUGCUUUGUCAAGCACCUCCCCUCUUUUCACCAAAAGCGAAACUUCUCAAUGACCAUACAUUUUAAUUCCGAUUCCCACUCCGACAUGUCAGUCUGUAACCUCCUCUAUAGCCAUGAUGAAGCCACCGUCAAAAGUUCACAGUACAUUUAUUAUCAAAGUAUGUAUACAUUAUACAACUUUGAGAUUCGUCUCCUUACUACAGGCAGCCACAAAGCAAACCUCUAAAGACCCCAUUUAAAAAAAUGACCAUCAAGCACCCAGUGCGCAGAGAAAAAAAAAACUGCGAACAAUAUAAGUAAGCACGCAAACACGAGGAAAUCUGCUGAUGCUGGAAAUUCAAGCAACACACAUCAAAGUUGCUGGUGAACGCAGCAGGCCAGGCAGCAUCUCUAGGAAGAGGUACAGUCGACGUUUCAGGCCGAAUCCUGACGAAGGGUCUCGGCCCGAAACGUCGACUGUACCUCUUCCAAGAGAUGCUGCCUGGCCUGCUGCGUUCACCAGCAACUUUGAAUAUAAGUAAGCAAAUAUCUUACGAAAGUCACAAAGCCAAACAUCACCACAGCUGGGGCAGGCCACAGCCUUCGUUCAUCGCAGAGCUGAGUAACAGUUGCAAGACCACAGAUACGAAGCCAGGCACCAUUGCAGCCAGAGCAGGCCACAGCCUCAAUUCAGUGUGGAGCUGAGUAAAUGUCUCAGAGCAGAGAGCAGAAUUGGCACUUGCCUAGCCUCUGGUCCCAACACCCUGACCUUUUCAAUCCGGCCCGGUGCUUAAAUUGUCCAAACAUUGAGUCAUUACUUGCUCUGGGGCCUGAACCUCGCUGCCAUGAUUUGACCUGUACCUGACCUUUCCAAUUUGGCCUAGAACUUGAAUUGAUCAGACAUCGGGACUUUCCUUGCCACAGCUCUGCCUUGACUGCUUUGACCCCCCCCUCCACCUUCGCUUGUCUCGACCAUGCCUUCCCUGUACCUUCGGCGCCAUUCACCUCCGCUUUCCUCAACCGUUUCUCAUCUGUGCCACUGCUCUUCACUCCAUUGUUAGCAUCGAUCAUUAUUAAUAAAGUGUUAUAGUAAGGCAUUUAGUAGUUUCUUUUUUGUUUUUGCUGCCGAAAAGUAGUCGCUGGGCAUCACCAACAGGGUGGAGGAGCAACAGUUUGAAUUCCAAUUGGGUAGCCUCCAACCUGAUGGCAUGAAUAUUGAUUUCUCCUGGUUUAAAAAAAAUCCCUCCCCUCCCAUCUUCUAUUUCCCACCUUCUAUCUAGCCGCCUUCUCCUCACCCCACCUUUUUAUCUUGUCAUCUUCCUCCUUCCUAUCCAGGCCUGAAGAAGGGUUGUUUAUUUAUUUCCAUAGAUGCUGCCUGACCUUCUGAGUUCCCCCAGCAUUUCGUGUGUGUUGUGUUCAGUAGAUGUAAAGUUGUUUCAUUAACUACAGUUUCAAAAAAGCAACUUCAGUCAAAAUAGAGACAUGGAUCUCUUUCCACAUCCAACAACCAGGAUUAAAACAAUGCUUUCACUCUUGUGUUAAACCAGGAGAAAGUCUGGAAGUAUGAAAAUGGAUGCUUGAUCAUGGUUCAGUGAACAGUGAUCUUACUGUAAUCAAACACUGAAACAGCAAGAAGAUGGGUUUGGAAAGCUCCUUAGUGACAUUGGCAAGGAAUUAACUGAGUGAAGCAUUUUCUCCUCUUAGGUGACAUUUCAUAACCAGCUCCUCUUCUCAUUGUGAUUUAUUUGGACUUUGAGUGGGGUAGUAAAGAAUGUGCUAUGUUUCCUGUACCAAUUUAAUCAUUUGUGAUGUUAGCGCUCCAUCUCUAACCCAGAAUAAAAUUGUGUGUGUGAUAUGGUAACUGAAACUAUCUAAUUAUUAAAACCUCUGAUUGACUAAUAACGGUUUAGGGAAGAUUUUGUUUUGUGGAGAGUUCCAAAGAUGCACUACUCUAUGAAGAAAUUCCUUCAUGUAGUCCUUCAUGAUUGACUCCUGUAUCUGACACCGAUCUCUGCUUCUAGUCACCUUAAAAAACAAAUCCAUUGGUAUCCUAUUAUCCCCGACCAAGUUGAGUAUUAUUGAGAUCACCUCCCAUUGUUAUAAAAUUCAGUAGUUAAUUUCACUGGUUCAGACGGAACCACAUUCCAGGAAUCAGCGAUUGCAACACUUCAUUGAUUUCCUAUAUAUUAUUUUUGGGGAAACUAAACUUGUGUACAGUAUUCCAGAUAGUUUUAAUUUCUCUAUUCUUCAUGCAAUACAGGCCAGCAUGCAGUUUGUUUUUCCUAAUUGCUUACUAUACCUGCUUGUUAACUUUUUAAAUCUUUUUUCCAAAGGCAUCCAGGUCAAUCCAUAUAUCUUCCAAUCUGUCUAUCUUUUUUUAUUAAAAGUAUACAUUUUUUUAAACUACUGAGGUGGUUGACUACACAAUUUUUUUCCCCACAUGGUGCUCCCAACCAUCCUCUAACCUAGUCACUGAAGCCUCAUCACCUAACCUUAUGCUGUCAGGUAGGUUGAAAUAGAAGAAUAAUGCCAGUAAACUGUGAUGUCACCUAUUAACUAUAGCCCAGUUGCACAAGCCAGAAGUUAUUAGCUGUCCCAGAGACAAACUAUUCAACAAAUAACUGUAACAUAUUGGUGUUUGCAGAAGUGGAUCUCCGUAAGCCUGUGACCAAACAUCCGCAGAGCCCGAUUUGAGUGGCGGGUGCAUCUACCAGAGAUUUAUUUAUUGAGAUACAGUGGGCUCUUCCAGCCCUUUGAGCCAUGCCACCCAGCAAACCCUGAUUUAACCCUAGCCUGACUUACAAUGACCAAUUAACCUACUAACUGGUAACACACACAAAAUGCUGGAGGAACUCAGCAUUUAUGGAAAAACAGUCGACAUUUUGGGCUGAGACCCUUCAUCAGGAUGGGUGAGGUGUGGUGGGGUGGGGGGGAAGAA